CUCCCCUCUUUCGUCCUCCUCCCAUUUCGUUCUUCGCAGCCUUCACCAUUUUAUCCUCAAUCAACAAACUCGAUUUCCGACCGUCGCUCAUUUUUCCCUCCAGCCGCUCCCUUCACCAUGUCUUGGUCCUCUCCUUGAGCCGAACAAAAAUAGAGAUCCGAGUGCUUGUUUCGACAGCUCAUGCACGUCUAAAACAAAUGAUUGACGGACAUGGGCCUUGGGUCCUCGGCAUCGCCUGGACGCUGACGUCGCUCACCCUCAUCUUUGUCUUGCUUCGAAUAUAUACCCGUGUCAAGAUUGUAGACUCCUUUGGCAUCGACGACAUCACAUACAUUGCCGCCUAUAUUUGUCUCCUUCUAUUUACUUCCUUUAUAACAGCCGCUGCCUGCUAUGGCUUUGGCUCUCCGAAUCCAACCAAUCCGCAACAAGCCGUCCUUCUCGAAACCAUAGCGCAAAACUUUGUCGUCCUGGGCAUGGCCGUAGCCAAAUGCUCACUUGGCUUCUUCCUGCUCCGCGUCGCCCAGGAAAAAUGGCAGCGAAUAUCGAUAUGGUUCACCAUUAGCACCCUAAUGAGUGCCUCUAUCGCCGUCUUGCUCGGCUUCUGGCUCAGCUGUCGUGGCACAGAUACGGUCACCGAGGCCGCCGUGCGAGAAUGCCGCCGCCCGUUGAUUGGAUCUUUUAUAUUUAUUGGCACCGCCUGCGUCGUUACCGAUUUGUUCUUUGCCAUUUUCCCAUGGAUCAUCUUUUGGAGGCUGCAGAUGCCCCCUCGGGAAAAGUAUAUUGUCUUGAGUAGCAUGAGCCUCGGUGUCUUUGCUGCUGCAUUUGGCAUUAAGCGUACGACUCUUAUUCCUACCAUGCUUGGCAUAAAUUAUCUGCAAAACACUGUCCGAUUAAUAUCAUGGUCCGCAGCAGAGAUUUCCGUCACGCUCAUCUGCAUCGGAAUCCCAAUACUGCGCCCACUAUACAAAAAGCGAUUAAACAAGCUCAUUGGGCCCAAAGUAGAGCCCGUUCUACAUCCCGACCUACCCUUUCCUUUACAUACCAUUGGAGGCAGCCCUAUUACACCGCCAUCACCGGCCGUCCUGCGAAGCGAGAGCAGUGGCCUGAAGAGCCGCGUCGAACGAUAUACCGAAAUGGACGAAAAGGAGCGCAAAAUCGCCCUGACUGGCCCCUACAACACCGCCAUGGUGGUUGGCGGACGACAGAGCGACGAAGAGGCACUCAUGCGUCAGCAGCCUGUCCUACGCGAGCUCGAAGAGAAGAGCAUUGCCAGCAGCAGCCGCAUUCAUGUUGUCGACGAAUUUUGCAUUACCAGUGCCAGAUUCGUCUCCGAUUAGGGCGAUGUCUGUCUCUUGCGAAACACAGCUCGAAAUAUAGACUACACACUCACAUCCACUACCACACUCGCCACUACCACAACCGCAACCACUCAUUCUUACAACUACUACAAUGACAACCACUACUACUAACACCACGACUGGGAAAUAUAUAUAAUCACACGGCGUUUAUUUUGACGGACUUUUGGGGCGUUCUAGCGGCCUUUUUUUUUAUUUGGAAUUACUCAUUCUUUCUGGAGUUUUGGUUAUACAGGUACACACACACAUGCGCUCAAGCAGAGUGCCAGGCGAAAAUCAUGUCCGGACGAGACUGUUACAGCUGUUAUCAUGAAAACAUUAUCUUGUGUAUAUAUACACCUAUUCUUGGUUCACUUCCGUUCAUUAUCUUUGUGAUUCUUUUUUAUGUUGACCGCCAAUACCGCUUUACGGGCUAAUGCUAAGCAAAUCGUAGCCAGCCUGCAACAUAUCCUUGGUAGCCAUCUUGUUGGUCCUCAUAAGCUCGGCCGUCUGCAUGACGUACGGGUCCAUGCCCAUGCUAGCCGCCGAAACGACAACGUUGUCACUAGUAUAAAAGGCGACAAACUUGAGCGCAUCCAAGUCGCCAUGGACCACCACGUCGUCCCAUCCACCCACGGACGGCGCCGAGUUUCCGCAGUAACGCAGCUGGGCGCCGAGCGCAGACCAGAAGACGGGGAUAAAGUUGGCGGGCGCGCGGGACGGAUCGACAAUGUGCGUUGCAGCAGUGCGACCUGCGUUCUGGGCGACGUUCCAGUGCUCGAUGCGUGUGUACUUGGUGUUGCUGCCAGACUCGCUGCCGCCCACGGGGCCGCGGUACGGGUACGUUGCAAUGUCGCCGACAGCGUAGACGUCCUUGUGGCCGUCGACGAGAAAGUGUGCGUCUGUUUUGACGGAGCCGUCCUUUUCGAGUGUGAUGCCUGCGUUGCCUUGCAGGUACUCUGUCGCGGGGCUGACGCCGACUCCGAGAAUCACCACGUCGGCUGGGAGCUUCGUGCCGUCUUUGAGUAGAAUGGCGCCGUCGCUGGCGCUGUCUACGCUGGCGUUCAUGUGGAACGUGAUGCCCUUCUUCUCGAGUGAUGCCUGCACAGCCGCGCCGACUUGCUCGCCGAGGACUCGUUCUAGGGGCACCUUUUCCAUGCCGAUUACAGUGACGGAGUUGUUCUUGAGCGUGGCAUUGGCAACUUCCAUGCCGAUGAAUGAUGAGCCGACAAUGACGACCUUUUUGCCGCCGUCGGGGCCAAUGGCGUCGGUAAUCUUCUUGGUGUCUGCGGCAGUGCGCAGUGUAAAGACGUUUGAGAGGGUAUCAAAUCCAGGAAGGGGUAGCUGGCGCGGCGUGCCGCCCGUAGCGAGAACUAGUUUGGAGUAUGGGAUGCUGGUGCCGUCGGCGGUCGACACGGAGCGGGCGGCAAAGUCGACAGAGGCAACCUGGUCCGUCACCCACUUGACAUUGCCGGCGUCGUACCAGGCCUGAUCGCGCAGCGUGAUCUUGGCGACGUCAGUAAUAAGAGCUUUGCUCAGCUUGGGGCGGUCGAUCGGGAGGUAUCCCUCAUUGGAGACGACAGUCACGGAUCCCGUGUAGCCGUGCUGGCGGAGUCCGUCGACGGCACCGAGAGCGCCGGAGCCGCCGCCGACAAUGACGACACCGGGUGCAGAGGCGGCGUCUUUGGCAGUGCAUGCGGCAUUGGAGGCGCGCGAGAAGGCCUUAAUGGCGGCUUCGGUGGCCGUGAUGUAGACACUGCCGUCCUUGGCUGAGAGGGGGUAUGUGUUGAGCGGUUCAAAGGCCGGGGCGUCUUCGACGUCGCCAGUGGCAGCGUUGAAGCAGG